AUGACAAACAGCGAAGAGCCAAAAAGGUUUGGGUUGGAGAACCAAGUGAGAAGAAAUCCACAUCCAGAUUUCAAUAAAGUUGAAAACUCAAGGCCAAAAUUUGAUUUUGAAAAAGAAUGGACUUACACGCAAAUUCCAAAUAAGGAUUGGAAAAUUGGAUCAGGCGCUAACGAUUCUAGUUGGAAAAACCAUAAAAAGAUUGAAAUUGAUCCAUAUGGUGAAGGUAGAAAUCCCAUUGACAACUACAAAACUUUAAUUAGCGCUGUUGUGCCCAGACCAAUUGGAUUCGUAUCAACGAUUUCGAAAGAAGGUGUACGCAACUUGGCUCCAUUUUCUUACUUCACUGUUGUCAACCACGAUCCACCAAUUUUCACUAUUGGAUUUUCGGGAGGCAGAGGCAAUCCUAAAGAUUCAUGCAAAAAUAUCUUAGAUACCGAGGAAUUGACCAUCAAUAUCAUAAGUGAAUGGUUUGUCGAGGCAGCAAAUUAUUGUGCAAUAAAUAGUCCGAUUGAUGUUGAUGAAUGGAAACUAGCUGGUUUAACUCCAUUGGAAUCAACAAAAGUCAAACCUCAACAUGUAGCCGAAUCGGCAUUUUCUGUUGAGGGAAAAUUGAUUGCUUCGCAUGAGUGGAAAUCGAAAUCGGAUCCUACAAGGGCCACUGGUACCUUGUGUAUUAUCGAAGGUGUAAAUUUCCACGUGAGAGAGGAUGUAAUUAAUAAAGAACUCAACAAUUUAGAUAUUUUGAAGUUGAAACCAGUGAGUAGAUUAGGAGGUAUCACUUAUGCAAGAACUGUGGAUGGUUACGAGAAACCAAGACCUGAUUUUGACAAGGAGAUUGCUAAAGAUGAGGUUAAAGAGUUGUUACAGUAG